GUUUAACACUGUAAUGUCGUAUAAACUCGGACACAGUUGUGCAAACAAGUCACUGUUAUCUUACUGGCCUGGGCUUGGCUAUGAAAGUAUAUAGAUGGUUAAAGUGUUGGCUAACGGCAAGCUAGCUUGGUUAGCUUGACAGACUGUAGCAGCUAGCAAAACAGUAAACCAAAGCAAAUAUUCAGAGGUGGAACUGAAUCAGACAUGUCGAGUGAGGACGUGGAGCGGCUUUUGAUCCAGUUUCAAGACGAGAAUGGGGAGAUCCUGGGUUCACCUUUUGAUGUGCCUUUAGACAUCACCCAAGACAAACUACAGCUCGUCUGCAAUGCAUUGCUUCAGAAGGAGGAGCCAGUCCCGCUGGCAUUCUUUGUGCAAGGGGAGAUGGAGGUGGUGUCCAGCCUGGGGACAUGCGUUAAGGCUCUUGGGGUUGAAACCGAACAAGUUCUCCCUGUGGUGUACCAGCCUCAAGCUCUGUUCAGGGUUCGGGCUGUGACACGCUGCACCAGCACACUACAGGGACACACUGAGGCCGUCAUCUCAGUUGCUUUCAGCCCCACUGGCAAAUAUCUGGCGAGUGGUUCAGGCGACACCACAGUGCGCUUCUGGGACUUGACAACCGAGACGCCCCACCACACAUCCAGGGGACACACACACUGGGUAUUGAGCAUCGCCUGGUCACCUGAUGGAAAGAAGCUGGCUUCAGGAUGCAAGAACAGUCAGAUAUGUCUCUGGGAUCCAGUGACGGGUGCGCAGAUAGGAAAGACUUUGACAGGACACACCAAAUGGAUCACUUGGCUCUGCUGGGAACCUCUUCAUCUUAAUCCAGAGUGUCGGUACUUGGCCAGCAGCUCUAAGGACGGCUCAAUACGUAUCUGGGACACAGUGUUGGGACGAUGUGAGAAGAUCCUGACUGGGCACACUCAGUCAGUGACAUGUGUGAAAUGGGGAGGAGAUGGACUUCUGUACACUUCGUCCCAGGACAGGACUGUCAAAGUGUGGAGAGCAAAAGAUGGUGUCCAAUGCAGGACUCUGCAGGGCCACGCCCACUGGGUCAACACCCUGGCUCUCAGCACUGACUAUGUCCUGCGUACAGGAGCUUUUGAACCCGCAAAUGCCACUGUCAACCCUCAGGAUCUCACUGGAUCAUUGGAAGAGCUGAAGGAGAAAGCCUUAGACAGAUAUAAUAAAGUCAGGGGCUCAGCUCCAGAGCGCUUGGUUUCCGGCUCAGAUGAUUUCACCUUGUUCUUGUGGAAUCCUGCACAAGACAAAAAGCCUUUGGCCAGGAUGACGGGCCACAGCGCUCUGGUCAAUGAAGUGCUCUUCUCCCCAGACACCAGGCUUCUUGCCUCUGCCUCCUUCGAUAAGUCUGUUAAAAUCUGGGACGGACGCACUGGAAAGUACUUAAUGUCCCUGCGUGGCCAUGUGGCAUCAGUGUAUCAAAUAGCAUGGUCAGCAGACAGCAGGCUGCUGGUCAGCGGCAGCAGCGACAGCACGCUUAAAGUGUGGGAUAUUAAGAGUGGGAAGCUCAACAUGGACCUGCCAGGUCAUGCUGACGAGGUUUACGCUGUGGACUGGAGUCCUGAUGGGCAGAGAGUGGCCAGUGGCGGAAAAGACAAGUGUCUCAGAAUAUGGAGAAGAUAGCCACAGUUCUCUUCUAUUUCUGGACUUUGACAAAGGAUUGUCACAUCAUCUCUUUCCAGACAGCUGACAGCUGGAACAAGGGCAGCUAGACUUUAUCUAAUUACCCAUUUGACUUCACAAGUAUCUGUCACUAGUGGGAGUGUCAGAGAAUGCAAAUGCAGUCACAAUACAAAUGCCCAUGUGGGAAUAUUAACAGUGCAAGAGCUUAAAAGCAUUCAGAUGAACCAGAAUGUAAAAUCAUCAGCAGCCUCUUAAAUUUAUUACAAGUAGAUUGUAAUGUGUAGUAUACCCCCCCCUUUAUUAUCGUCUCAUGGUAUACAAUUCAAUUUUAGAUCAGGCGCUCUGACAUGGCUUCAGAAACUUGCUCGGUUGCCAUGCACACGUGGUUAAAAGCCAAACAAGGUUGUGCAUCUAUUGAAACAGAUCCUAACACAUGUUUAUGGUUUCCUAUUUUGGAGCAAGGAACUGCAUAUUUUCAGGACCACGUUUGCUACUUUGUCACCUUAGGCCUCACUAGAUAAACUGUGAGUAUCGGGUGGGGGCAGUGAAGCCUUCCUCUGCGAUGUAAAUGCAGAUGGUGCUCGCCGUGCUCCUUCAGCCUUUAAUCUCCUGUCAGCAAAGCUGCAAUCUGCUGAUUUUUCUGCCUCUGUGGUGAAGCCAAGUGUCACCAACUCUGAACUGUUUGAGUCACAGCCCACACUGUGAAUGCCAAAUUGACCGUUCUUGUUACAGGAAUGUAAAUAUAAAUGAGUAUAUUUAUAUUAGUUUCCUGAUUCCACUCAAGAAUCUGCUUAAAGUGUUCAUCCACUUUAAGUGGUUGUUUAUUAUAAAAGCACUGGUGGAAACCAGCAUGUGAAAUAUAUUGAUUAUUUACUUAAAUGGUAAGUCUAUUGAGCUCUGUUAGUUAUGAACUCCACCGCCAAUCAUCGGAUUUGUUUAUAAAAUCAAGAUUUCCCAAAAAUAUGUAAUGGCAGUUCUUACUGUAUAAAUAAAUAUUUUUAACUCUAA